AUGGGCAACUUCUGUAGCAGCGGUUUUUCUAACGACGACGGGUAUGCGGCGCCGGUGAAAGUGACUAAUGCGGGCGGCAAUUCCGCUCAACCUCCCGCAACCACUGGCGCGCACCAGUUCCCCGCGGCUACCAUUCCGCAGUAUACGCCGUCCCCCGUGUCGCCCUACCGCCAAUGCCAUUCCGCGCCUAUCCGCGGAGCGUCCCCCUACCAUUUUUCCGCCGUCGUACCCGUCAGCCCCUCCCCCCCGCCUGCUCAGUUCCCCGGAAGCAGAGCCACUCCACCCCCCGCCUCCUCCUUCCCCCCGUCCCCUUCCGCCAACCCUAAUAAUGGCUCCGCCGCCUCCCCUUCCGCCAGCCCCAGUCUUCGCGCAAAUGCCUUCUACGACUCCGCAUAUCAUGCUUCCGCUUCCACCACUACUUCAUCAGCGGAACCGCUUCCCCCCGCCAUAAUUUCCGCGGUGUCUUCCGCCAACCAGUCCGCGGGCAGCUCCGCGGGGUCUUCCGCUAGCCAGUCCGCGGGCAGCUCCGCGGGGUCUUCCGCCAGCCAGUCCGCGGGCAGCUCCGCGGGGUCUUCCGCCAGCCAGUCCGCGGGCAGCUCCGCGGGGUCUUCCGCCAGCCAGUCCGCGGGCAGCUCCGCGGGGUCCUCUCGCGGGGGGAACUCCUCCGCUUCCCCCUCCGCCGUCCCUGUGCUCCGCGAGUUCAGCUUCGCGGAUCUGCACAUGGCGACGGGGGGGUUUUCGCGCGCCAUAGGGGAGGGGGGGUUCGGAAAGGUGUACCAAGGGCGGAUGGUGCUGCCUGCGGGCACUAGCAGCGGCAUUGGCGGAAGCAGCGCCGCUGGCGGGAGUUACGCCAUGGGCGGAAGCAGCAGAGCUGUUAUGGGCGCAAUGAGGGAAUGUGACGUGGCAGUGAAAGUGAUGAAUGGAAAGAGUGCUACUCGUGACUUGACGAGCUUCAAGGCUGAGGUGGAAGCCAUGUCAGCGGUGAAUCAUCCCAACAUUCUGAGGCUGGAAGGCGUGGCACUAAACACAUCCCAGGGGCCGAUGCUCGUGUAUGAGCUCAUCCCUGGAGGCGAUGUUAAGAACUUGCUCAAACAAGUCCACAGAAGUGGUCUUUACUUCCCAUGGAGGCAUCGCAUGAAGGUGGCACUGGGCUGUGCCGAGGCGCUAGCCGCCAUUCACGAGCACAAGUUCGUUCACCGCGAUUUCAAGUCGUCGAAUGUGCUUCUGCGAGAGGAUUUCACUCCUGUGGUGGCUGACUUUGGAUUGGCUCGCACAAUAGAGGACUGGAAAACACACGUGUCAACAAAAGUGGUUGGCUCGAUGGGCUACAUCGACCCGAUCUAUCUCCAGACGGGCCAACUAUGCCAAAAAUCUGACACGUUCGCAUAUGGCGUGUUUCUAUUGGAGCUGAUUUCAAGCUGCAGUCCCCUCAGUGCAAAACAUCAAGAUCUGAGGCAGCUGGUGAUCUCAAAGGAUCCGCCUGAGCCUUCCUUGGUUAUUGAUUCUUCUCUUGAGGGGGAGUGGAUGAGGAGGCAUGCUUUUAUUAUUUUUACUCUGGUGCGCUUUGCAAUUUGCUGCAAUUGGGAGCAAAGGCCUCCAAUGUCAGUCAUUGCCGCCAAGCUUAGGAUGAUUUGCAGCGAGAUAAAGGCUUAA